AUGCGGGGUCGUCAGGUACCGAGGCCAGUACCAAAACACUGGUGGCCCCCUUCGGAUGCGGAUCAUGUACGAGGAUUUUCCUCUAUCGGUGGAGCUCGAGCUGUUCACAGCGGUAGUCCUGCUCCCGAUCGAGACGAGAACCCAAUGUGGAACGUGUCGGAUCUCCUCCGUAGCAUCACUCCGAUGAGCAUGUUGACUGAAUGGUCCGCGGUCUUCCCGACCCCAAUGUCCAUCGCCAAGACGGUCUUUCACAAGUUUGUUGGCUACCUGGAGGUGCAGGUCUCGGAGCUGAUCUGGAAACCUCGGUGCUCCGCGACAAUCGCGUGGGAGCAGACCCAGGGUAUCUCUGCCAAGAACAAGACAUCCAAGUACACAGGCCCCCGAGAGUACAAAUUUUAA